UAAUACACCGUUGUUCUUCCCUAAAAUAAAAUAGCGAAGACUGAGAGAGGAAACAGUCCAAAUCUAAAAGAAAUUUUCUUUCAAGCAAGCGAUUCGGUAAUCUGACAUUGUUGGAUAAGCGAAUUGACAAUUUGAAAAAUGAGAAUAAAGUCGGUCGUCAUGGUUACCGCUUGCAAAUGUAAGCAGCGGCCAUACACUUGUCAAAUGUACCGUAAAGUCUGACUUAAGUGCCUUAAGUUACAACACAGGGGCAUUCACCUGAUAUUUCGAUGCAGGUUUUAACGCUGCGUAAAUAAUAAAGAUGGAUUGGGCUAACGAUCUUGAGAUCACUUCGAAAAAGCUACUACCUCGUCUAGGUAGGCGUGCAGGUCAGAAUAAUUUACUGGAAGAUAAUAAAUCCGAUGAUGAUCCUCUGGAGAGUCCUAUUUCCUUAUCGUCUGGAAAGUCUAUAUCUAUGCAAAGACCAAUAGUUCCACCUCGAUUGAGAAAAACCGGCUGGGGCGACGAAUUGAAAAGUGGCAAAUCAAAGGCGACGUCAAACAUCAUUGAACAGGAACGUUUUCGAGUGAUUGAAAAGGAAGAACAAGAAGAUGAUAUUCCAGUUAUACCAGAUUUGGAUGAAAUUCAGGAAGAUAACAUCUCAUCUGACAUUGCAAGUGCUCCCACAGUCAAUGCAAAUAGAGUGACUGCGUAUGAGGAAUUGGACACUGAUUUGGUAAAAAAUGCUGCAUAUACAUCGUUAGACGGCGUCAGCCUUUCUCUCCUUGCAGACAAAUUGUACAAUGAGAAUUUAGUGAAGGAACCGGAUGAAGUUUGGAAUUGGAAUCUUCUCUUCACGCAAAUUUCUUCAGAGAUUAAUAGCGAGACGCAGAAAAAGAUCGAAGCUUGACGAAGCAUUUUGUAUUUUAAAAUAAAAAUGAAAAUUUCUCGUGCAUAUAAAUAUAACAAUAAUAUUCUCGAUUAUAUCAUUCAUUUGCAAUAUUGUUUUAAAUCGAUUC